UUUUUAGGUGCGUUUGGAUAUGUCAGAACGGGAAAAGGCAUUUGAAAGUGCUCGCACACUUGGUGAAGCUGGAAAGAUAGAUGAGGCACUAGAAGCACUAACAAAUUACACCUCUGAGCCAGAAACGGAGUAUACCGUCUCCGAGAUGGAAGUGAUCAACACUAUAAUAACAGAGAAGCUUACAAGUGUUUCUUUUGAAGAGAAGAAAGACGCAUGCAAUGUUUGCAUUACGCUGCUCGAGGGAAUCAAAUUAGUGAAAGAUGGUGCAUGGCUAUCGCUAUACAGUGAAUCUGUCUAUGAAGCAUUUAGCAGAAUGAGUAUAUGCGCUAGAGAUGAAGAGCGACAGCUUUUCUGGAACAGACUCAAGGAGCUGUUUUACGAGAUCAACCUGGCAGCCAAGAAAGUUUGGCGAGAUAAGAACUAUCCAGAACGUUUGGCUAUCUACGUUCUAUAUGCGAAAUUAUGCAAAAGCUGGCUGGAUGUAGCUGACGAGGAAUCAUACAAGCUCUGUGAAACUGAAGCCAAAGAAGCCAAAUUCUUCGGUAAAGGCACACUUGACGACGAUCAGUGGAGGGAGUCAAAUCGAUCCAUUGAACAAAUCAAAAAAUUGAUAGGCGACGCUUUACACGAGCGUGAACUCAUCGAUGAUGAAUCGGAUUGACGAACAUCGAUGUGAUUUAUGUACAUAGAGCUUUGAAUUGCUAUUAUACUGCGCACAUACGCAUGAUCUACGUGUACAACUCUUUCAAAAUUUACUUCUUGAAGAAGUAGGAUCUUUGGAAAAAGUCGUUACGAGCUAUUGUUAGUAGUGAUGCAAACAAGACAAAACAUUAUAGAAUUCUGAAAUUUCUAUUGUUAACUGAUGUGUGUUAUUUUUUGGUGUCAUAAUUAGUACUGGAAUUUACAUGAAAGUCCAUACUAAACAACUUGUUCUUUGAUUUUCAGAUUGUAUGUGAGACAAUUUUGUGGCUAUCAAAUCUUAACGAAUUAUGCUA